AUGAACCACAUCCGGAAAUCACCAGGCUGUCUUGCAAAGUUCCAAGAGCACACUGCUGUGGAUGUGCAAGCAACUCCUGAUAAAAGUGAUGAUCCAUCAACUUCUCAAGAGGAAGGGGAUUCACUAAUACAGGCUGGAUCCUCCUCACCUAUGGAAGUCGAUCCAGAGCUUUAUUCCUCAUUUGGUCUACCCGCUACCAAUCUAGCUCAGGCUGUGGAUGACCCACCUCCAGACUCUGAUGAUGAAUCAAAUAUGGAAUCAGUCUCCUCAGACCUGCUUCCUGAGGAUGAGGAAAGUGACAGGGAGGAUGGCAUUGGGUCUGAGGAUCCUUUCACAGCCCCUUUGGGUGGGAUUGAUACAGAGGAAAGAGGCUUCAGUUAUGAAAAAUAUGAAGCAGAAGGACCAAACCCCCAUCUCCCAUGGGCAAAUCUCAGUGAAUGGAGAUUGGUUGAGUGGUUGGUGGAUCAGCAGCUCUCACAGAGAGCCAUUGAUGAUUUCAUAAAAAAUUGUUGGACCCAAGAACACCCAAAACAACUGAGCUUUGGGUCUGCAAAGGAAAUGUACAACAAAUUUUCAUCAAUGGAUGGGGCCCCAGCUUGGCAUGCAAAAGAGGUCAUCCUCUCUGAUGCUCCCACUGAGCCCCAGAUCCUGUUUUAUCGGGAUGUGCGCGAGUGUUCUGAUCACAUACAAAAUAAUCCUAGCUUUUCAAAUGCAUGGGAUUAUGAGCCACAGCGCUUCACAUACUCUGACAUGAACAUCCAUGUCUUCCAUGAACCUUGUACAGGGAAGUUAUGGUGGAGGUAUCAGGAAGAAUCCCCUGAAGGGACAAUGAUCCAGGGUGUCAUUCUUGCAAGUGAUGAGACUCACCUUACAAACUUCUCUGGAUCAAAAGUUUUCCAUGCUGUCUAUAUGACACUUGCAAAUAUCCAUGGUGACAUCCGAUGUUAA